UCACAAUUCAACCAGUCGCAGUUGAGUUCUAGACGAUGAUACGUAUCUGUUGCAUUUUGUUAGUAAUAGCAGCUAUGGCGAGUGGUGCGCCCGCAUCGAGUAAACCGUAUUAUAAGUUAGAAGAUGCUCCGACACUCUUCGAAAAGUUUAUCAAAGAUUAUGACAAAGUGUAUAAGGACGACGCGGACCGUGCCCUCCAUUAUGAGGCAUUCGUGAGAAGAUUGGAUCAGAUAAACAAAGCGAAUGCCGCUAAUUCUUCAGCUACGUACGAUAUAAACAAGUUCGCAGAUUAUACGGCGCAGGACAGUAAACAUUUGACUGGAGUUCUUAGGCCAAAUAGCAGUACUUAGUGAAUUUUAGUUCCGCGACUGCUGCUUUGAAUAUAUCAUUUAUAUGAUUGUCUUUUUAUUAAACAAAAUUAAAUGUAUAAACCUAAUAUGUAAUUUAUUUUUAAAUUAAACAGUUAUUUUUAUUUGACAUUCAUAUUGAAAAAUGCACGAAUUAUAAGGGGUUAUCGUGUGCGUUAACCUUUAACUACUGAUUUACAUUUUUUCCAUAACAAACUGUCAUAUUUAAACAAUAAACAUGUUGAUGCAAAC